AGAGCUGCGUGUGUGAACCGAAUGUGUGUAAACAGGAGGGAGUUCAGGGGUGGAACUGACAGGAAGAUGUAAGCAGGUAAGGAAACAGUGACAACGACAAAGAUACGAGUGACAGCAGAGAGGAAAACGUGAGAGAGAGAGACAGAGACAGAGACAGGGGGCACCUCCAGGAAGGGCAGACUUCAUAAAACAACACAAAAUAAGAAGCAUCAUAUCUGAAGGUAAACAUUAGAUUUUUUAUUUUUUUGGACAUGUAUGCUUCCAUGUCACGUUAUUCCACAGAAGUCGACAAGCUGGCUCUCUGUCACUGAUAGUGUGUCGUUCUUAGGAUGGGACUCGUGGAGUGGCUUUUCUUUGUCUUGAUGUUACCUGUGCUGCUGGUGCUAACAUCCCCACUGACAAACAGGAGUUAUUACACUAUGGAUGGCAGAGAGUGUACGAUGUGCCCUGCAGGUGAGUAUCAGAAGUCUUGCAGAGAGUGUGAGCUCUGUCCUGAUGGAAGCUUCACACCUGACUGGAACCGUGAAGACAGCUGCCAUGACUGUUUUAGUGACUGUAGAUCAGAUUAUCAUCUCAAGGUGGUUCAGGGCUGCACAAACACAUCCGAUCUUAAGUGUAUCUGUGAGGCCGGCUACAGGUGCACGAGUAAGGUCCCCUACAGCGAAAACUGCAGAUACUGUGACAAGAUCCAAACCACACUCACAACCACAACUGGACCAACUGUGAUCCCACACAAAGACAAACAAAGACAAGAUUCUACAGAACACAACGUUAUUGCUUUUACAUCCUGUCUGCUGCCUGAAUGCGUCCCUCAUCCAGUCACGCCAGCAGGAAAUGUUUUUAAACUCGACAACACGAACAAUCAGCUGGUAGCCAUCCUGUGUCCAGUGGUUGCCAUUGGAUGCGUUGCCAUAGUGAUCCUGUUCUGCUUCGUUCAUCCAGGAAAUGAAACAUGUUUCAAGCGUGUUAUUGCAAAAUUCUACAGUGAGGGAGAUACUUCCCAUAAGUUGGAGUCCAGUCAUCAUGGUCCCAGAGACUCAUCUGGUACAAAGCAGCAGCCGUCGUCGUCAUCGUUUACUGCCUCUAAUCUGGGUGCGGUCCACGUGCACAAUCCAGGGACAGUCAUCUUCAGCUUGCUCAGCCAGUUUACCGGUCAGAUCGGCUCCUCCAGACCAGAGGAGGAGACAGCUGAAAGAGCGACCACUGAAGAGGAGGAGGAGGAGGAGGGCUGGGUGCUUCCUCCUGUUAUUCAUCUCUCUCAGGAGGAGAGGAGCGCCCACAGCGAUGGAGGUUUCUUUCCCUCUCAGGAGCAGGGAAAGGACUGCCACAUGUCCCAAGAGGAAGCACUCCAUGUGUCAUAGGACGAUCAAGCGUGUUUUCUUAAACUGUCAGACUGCAGAUGAUGAGUGUGGAUUAGAAAAUUCAUCCCCCAGUGAUGCACUCUGAAGCACCGCUGAGUGUGCACAUUCUGGGAAUUUUGUAUUCUUGUACAGUACCAGGAAGGCGUUUUCCUCUGUAAGUUCUAAUUUAAGUACAUGUGUAAAUAAUAAGUAAAAUCAGUUCUAGUGUAAUAUUUUGAUAAUCUGUUUAAAUGUUUGCACAAAUAUUGGGCAUUUUUAGUAAUGUUAUUAUUAUUAUUUAUUAUUGUGAAUAAAGAAAAUGAUGUAGAAAUGCGUUACAUAGUGGAGCAG